GUAAAAGAAACAAGAUUCCAUCAAGGAUGGGAGGAAAGAAAAAGAUUUCAAAAAAUUCAAGAUUGAAUGCAUUUGAUGCUGUCGAUGAUGGUACGAACAAAGCCACUUUGGGCGAGAAUCCUAAAAAACUAGAUGAACAUGACUCGUCCAAUCACCCUGAUGUUAACACUUCUGAUGGUCAAUACACCUCCACUACAUCUGAUGAUGAAGAUGAGGACGCCAUUCUUUUGACGGAUAAGGUUGAGGGCAAGAUUUUCAAGACAUUGCUGGAUAUACAGGGUAAGAACCCUGCCAUAUAUGACCCUAACAUAAAAUGCUUUAGUGAUUCAGAUUUUGACACUGACGAUAAUUCCGUUCAUAACAAAAACGAAUCCAAGUCUUUAAAUUACAAGGACAUGGUGCGCGAGACCUUGUUGAAUGAAGGUGCCGAGGCCCUUGGGAGUGAUAGUGAUGAUGAGAGCGAUAAGCUAAAGGAACACAAAAUGAAUUAUCAGGAGGAACAGGAAGAUCUCAAAAAUGCAUUUUUAUCGGUGGCAAACGAGUUGGAUGACGAUGCCGAAUUCUUUACGAAGAGUGACGCCACUGAUGUACUGCCGGAACGAAAGUUGAGUUCAAAAAAAUCUGCUGCUAUUGGUUCAAUGGACGAUUCUCUGAUAUCGCGUUAUUGGGCAUCUAAAGAGACGAUGGACGAAGAUGAGGAAUUUCUAAAGGACUACAUUUUGAACCAGCGUUGGCGGGAGGACCAUAAGGUAGACAUUGACUAUGCCAAGCAACUACGAUUGGAACAAGAGGAUGAGGAGCAUUAUGACGAAGCUGAAGAAUUUGAAUAUAAAUACAAUUAUAGGUUCGAAGAAGCUGAAGGAGCUACCAUUGAAGGCCACCCUCGUACCAUUGAGGAUUCUGUGCGUAAAGUGGAUGACCGCAGAAAGAAAAAACGUCAAGAAAAAAAGCAGAAUAAGAUUGAGGAGAAGAUACGCCGCGAGGAAGAGUUGAAACGUCUCAAAAAUCUUAAGAAGGCUGAAAUUGCAGAGCGGAUGAGGGAGAUUGAGACGAAUGCCGGUGUGCAAUUAGACGAGGAUGUUGUAGAUCUCAAUGCACCUUUUGACCCUGUUCAGCACGAAAAGGACAUGACUAAUAUUCUGGGUUCUACGUACCAUGAAGAUGCAGAAGACGACGAAUGGAACCCUGGAGAUGUAAAUGUGGAUGAUGAGCUUUGGUGGUUAUGCGAUUAUUGCAUGAAAGGGAUCCCGGCUGGUCACAAGCAUUUUGAUUGUAAUGAAUGUGACAACUAUACACUCUGCGAAACGUGUGUUCCUUUGGCUAACCAUGAGCACUUAAGGAUGACCGGUAAGGUGGUACCACCUUCUUGCGCUCCUCCGAAACUCAGCAAGGACGAUUUGAAAAAGCUUGAGGAAGAGUACUAUAAUCUGGACUAUGAGGACAUGAUCGGUGACAUGAAGGUUAGAUUUAAAUAUAGACCAGUGGAACCAUACAAGUGCGACAUUAACACUAUUUUGGAAAAAAGCGACAAAGAGUUGAAUUCCAUUAUGCCUUUAAGCAAGCUAUUGACGUAUGAUUCGGAUUUACCACGGCCAUUGAAAUAUAAAUCAGAUAAACGCAAGGGUGAACAUAAACAUCACGGCCGAAUGACCGCAUACAAUGUUAAUCAGGAUCGUUUAGAGGCCUUCAGUUUGAAAAAAGGAAAGAAGCACAAAUCGCAGAAGAAGGACACUACCACGGAAUAAAAGGUGUUAUGACUAUUUUCACUUUUAAAGGUAAUAUAUAAGAACAAACAUU